AAAUAAUCCUUUUGUCUAUUCUGCAUUUUACAUCCAAAGAAAUGCUCAACCUCUAUUUGUCAAUCUCAGAUUAUCUUGACUGUCUAAUUACUUUAGUCUCAUCUUUCCUUGAUAGUACUUCAAGGAGGUCGUUGAGCUUUUACAAAAAAAAAUCUGCGGCCCCGACAUGCUUUUCUUUGUCCUUUUUUUUUGUAUCAACUUAAAAUGUCUCAACCACCACAAAUAUACAAAGCAACCUAUUCAGGAGUGCCUGUUUAUGAAAUGAUAUGUAAAGACAUUGCUGUCAUGAAAAGAAGAUCUGAUGGGUUUCUUAAUGCAACACAAAUACUAAAAGUGGCCGAAUUUGACAAACCACAGAGAACUCGCAUAUUAGAAAGAGAAGUCCAGACUGGUCCUCAUGAAAAAGUACAAGGUGGUUAUGGAAAAUAUCAAGGCACAUGGGUACCCUUUGAGCGUGGUGUGGCAUUAGCCGAACAAUACCAAGUAGAUAUUCUUUUAAGGCCAAUUCUUGACUAUGUGCAGGGUGAUGUGAGCCCACCGUUAGCACCAAAACAUAUGAACAACCUUAAUCCAAAACCAAAAAAGAUGAAAUCUAUACCAAAGAAAAAAAAGAUUACAAAAAAGAUUAGAUUAGAUCAUGAUCUUGAUGAAGCUACAGCUAUGGAAGAAGGGAUGGCUGACCAGCUCAGCCUAUUAGAUGACAAUAGAGGUCAAAAAAGAAAACGCCCUUUGUUUGAAGAUGAACAACACUUGAUGUUUAGCAAUGAUCGACCAACUUAUGCACAACAAUUGCUUCAGUACUUUAUAUCGGAUGAUUCAGGUAUACCAACCAUUCUGUUAGAACGACCUCCUGAUCUAGAUGUCAACGUGAUUAUCGAUGACGAAGGGCAUACAAGUUUACAUUGGGCAGCAGCUAUGGGUAGAUUGAAACUGGUUAAGCUCUUGAUUGAGCAAGGGGCAGACAUUUAUAGAGUGAACUAUAAGGGACAGACAGCUCUGAUGCGAAGUGUGCUGUUUACAAAUAAUUUUGAUUCGAAAUCAUUUGUAUUCUUGAUAAAUAUGUUGAUGGAGACAGUAUUCAAUAUUGAUAAGAAGGAUCAAACUGUAUUUCAUCAUGUGGCGUCUACAGCAAGUUGGAAAGGGAAGGUGCAUGCAUCCAGGUAUUAUAUGGAAUGCUUGAUUGAGACAGUUGGUCAACAUAAUGUACCCCAACUUAUUUCUAUUCUAAACGUACAAGACAUCUAUGGAGAUACUGCGCUCAAUAUUGCGGCAAGAAUAGGAAAUAAAAAGAUUGUCCGUCUUUUGAUGGAGGCAGGAGCAAGUGCAGAGAUCGCCAAUGAAGAAGGUAUGACAGCAAAGGACUAUUUGGCUGAAGCAGAAAGAACGGGUCAAAGUAGAACCUUGAUGGAACCUUAUCGAACAGAAACAAAGCAACGAACGGUGUUGAGGCAAAGAAUUGAAGAAUUAUUCAAGACGAUCAUCGUGAAUGACAAACCGCCUAUUCUGUCUCAGUUAUUCGAUGGAUUUGCAGGCAAUUAUGAAAGGGAUUUAAUACAAAAGGACCAUCUCAUCAAGGAGAAAAAGAAUGAUUUGGUAUUAGCUAAAAAGCGUCUGGCUGGAACACAACAUACCCUCGAACAAAUUCAAUUUGAUCCAGCAAGGCUAGUUGAGGUAGAAGAAGAGUCAGUGAGGCUAUCUACUCUAUUAUUAAAGCAAACACAAAAGCUACAAAAAGAGACAUUAGAACAAAUGAUUGAACAACAACAACAAAAAGAGCAAAAGGAUGAACCAUCAGUAAUAAAGGAAGAAUUAGAGAGUUUACAGAAUGAACUAGAACGAUUACAAGAACUACGAAAGAAGCGUGUUCAAGAACUACAUAAGCUUAAACUUCAAACGCCAAGCGAGAAGCAUCAAAAGUAUAAAAGGCUUAUUUCAAUGUGUUGUAAUGUUUCCUAUGAAAAUGUUGAUUUAAUGCUACUCCCUCUUUUAUCUUCUUUUGAUGAAUUACUGUUUAUGAAUAAAGAGUGAUUUUGUCGGAGCAUGUUUGUCGGAGCACAUCAAUGACAAGUCCCUCC